UUGAACAUAGAGCAGAGAAACCGAGUACCAAAAAAAAUCAAGAUCUUUAGACAGAAAUUCAAGUGAAAAAUGUCUACAUUAACCCUAGUCCUAGGACUGUUGAUGUCUGGAGUUCUACAAACAGUGUACAGCCAAACAAGCCUUCAAUGCAAUGCCAAUUCUAAGCUCAAGCGUAUUGUCAUCAAAAAUCCUGCCAAUAUCAAUCAGGACAACUGUGUUUAUCGCAUACUACCCCACAGUUCCAAUGUAUGUCAAUUAUUAAUAGAAUUCCAACAAUUUGAACUGGAACCUCCCACAUAUAGGGCCGAUGUUCAUACCCUGGAAUGUGAAGACCACUUGGCAGUGGGAGAUUUCCAUUUGUGUGGCCACAAUACCGGCCAACAUCUCUACCUGCCCUUCAAUGUGGCCAAGGGCACCAAAGAGAUCGCCUUAGCUUUUAGCUUAGCCAAUCGUUGGCCCCAGUCCAAAUGGAACCUGGUGGUAACACAGCUUGAAUGUUCAAAGGCCAACAAAAGAAUGUCUUUUCCAUCACUCUUCAAUAUGGGAGACAAUGUGGGUCUGCAAAAUAUGCGCACUCUAUUUAGCGCUCCCACUUUUGCUAAAACCAUAUGUCCAAAGGUGAAUGAGGACAUACUAGCUCCAGCCGGCUGCAAUCAGUACUACACCCAGCCCACGGGAACCAUUAAGAGCUUCAACUAUCAAGAAAAUGCAGCAUCAUACUAUUUGCCCAAUAUGAAUUAUGUGGUGUGCAUUAAAGCAGGGCCCGAUGCCACUAUGAUAGAAUAUCAAGCUUCUAAAUUCUCCAUGUCCCUUGAAUUGCCCAGCCUACCGGGUUAUGACGGUGAUUGCCACAGUUACAUUCAGACAGAUGGGAGGCGUGAAGACUACCUUAUGAUACCCCAAUCGCAUGUGGCAAACAGUGUGAACAUUGUGCCCACCUAUUAUUGUGGUACUUCUUUGCAAACCCGCCCCUCGCUAAUAGCCUCUGCACCUUUCAUUAUGUAUUUCUCCAGUGAUAGUUUCACCGAUGAAACUGAAACAGGAUUUAGCAUUAACUAUCGCAUUCGAACGGCAUAAGAAAUACAAAUAAAAACUUUUCAUGGCAAAU